GGAAGUUGAGAGAGACAGAUGCAAGACAGGGAAGAACCUUUGAGAGGUCCUCGCGCGGCUGGCUGGCUGAGGCCUGGGGUCCCUCGAGAUGUUUCCUGUGAGAUUCUGCAGGGGAUUCUGUCUCUUGAGGUGACUGACGAGGGAGCACCAUCAGCCACCUAGGGGAGAAUUUCACCCUCCUGUGUCACAGAUUCAAUCCGAAUCAUCUCGAGAAUCAGUUACCAACACUUGCUCUGGAUGAAGAAACUGAGAAUGCGAGUUUGGGGCUUGGCAGUUCUGAUGGUUCUCAUACCUUCCACGUCAGCUAAGUUCAGCAAAUCUUCUUGGGGCCUGGAAAAUGAGGCUUUAAUUGUGAGAUGUCCCAGACAAGAAAAAUCUCAAUAUCCUGUGGACUGGUAUUACUCAAAAACCAACACAAUUAUUCCCACCCAGAGAAGAAACCGUGUAGUUGCCUCAGGGGAACGUCUGAAGUUUCUCCCAGCCGAAGUCAGCGAUUCUGGAUCUUAUACUUGCAUCAUCAGGCGUCCUACCUCCAAUAAGACGGGAUAUGUGAAUGUCACCAUUUAUAAGAAACCACCAGGUUGCAGUAUUCCGGAUUAUCUGAUGUAUUCCACAACAUCUGGGUCAGAAAAAAAUUCCAAAAUAUAUUGUCCGACAAUUGACCUCUACAAUUGGACGGCGCCUGUUGAGUGGUUUAGGAACUGUGCCCUUCUUCGAGGAUCAAGGUACCAAGCACACAAGUCAUAUCUGCUGAUUGACAACGCGACUCACCAGGACACCGGUGAUUAUACGUGCAAAUUUAUGCACAAUGAAAAUGGUGUCAGUUACAGCGUGACAGCAACCAGGUCAUUCACAGUUAUCGGUGAGCAAGGCUUUUCUCUGUUUCCAGUGAUUAUAGCCCCUUCACAAAAUGAAACAAGGGAAGUGGAGAUUGGAAAACCAGCAAACAUAACGUGUUCUGCCUGCUUUGGGAAAGGCUCUCAGAUCAUGGCUGAGGUCCUGUGGCAGGUGAACAGAAGCAAGGUUGCAAACUUUGGUGAAGCAAGAAUCCAAGAGGAGCAAGGGCAAAAUCAAAGUUCUAGCAAUGAGCUGACUUGUCUAAACACCGUUUUAAGAAUAGCAAGUGUAAAAGAAGAGGAUUUGUGGCUGAACUACAACUGUCUGGCCCUGAAUUUCCAUGGCUUGGCCGUGCACACCGUACGACUCAGGAGGAAAAAUCCAAUCGAUCAACAGAGCACCUACUACCUACUUGCAGGAUUUGUCAUAUUAUUAUUGUUAAUCAAUGUCUUGGUGAUAAUUCUGAAAGUGUUCUGGAUUGAGAUUAUUCUGCUCUGGAGAGACGUAGCUAGACCGUACAAAACUAGGAAAGAUGGGAAGGUCUACGAUGCUUAUGUGAUCUAUCCACGGAACUGCAAAAGCGGUUCGGAGGGGGCCGGCUCUGUGGAGUACUUCGUGCACCAGAUUCUGCCUGACGUUCUUGAAAAUAAAUGUGGCUACACGCUGUGCAUCUAUGGGAGGGACCUGCUCCCUGGAGAAGAUGCAGCCACUGCCAUGGAAACCUGCAUCCAGCAGAGCAGGCGACACAUCUUCAUCCUGACUCCUGACAUCGUGCACAGCAAGGAGUUUGCCUACGAGCGGGGGGUCGCCCUGCACAGCGCCCUCCUCCAGAACGACUCCAAGGCCAUCCUGGUUGAGAUGGAGGCUCUGUGCCCGCCCGGCGGACUGCAGCUGGAGGAGCUUCAGGACUCCCUCAAGCACCUCGUCAAAGUGCAGGGGACCCUCAAGUGGAGGGAGGACCACGUGGCCAACAAACGGUCCCUCAAUUCCAAGUUCUGGAAGCACCUGAGGUACCACAUGCCUGUGCCAAGCAAACCUCCAAGAAAGACUCCCAGCUAGGCAUCCUUGAGAGCCCAGGGGCGGCGGCCCUUGCUCUGAUGGCCAACAUGCCUGGUUUUGUAGGUCUGAACCCCUCGCAGCUGGGUCACAGACACUGUACCAGAUGUGUACCAGAGAAGUAAAAAUGUCAAGGGUGUUCAGAGCUCAGGUUUCAUGCACUAACUGUAUUUCCAUUUCCCUGACUCUGGGUGGAUGUAAAAUGUCCAGAGAUUUUUAUUCUCAGCCCCUCUCUCUCCACCGUAUAUUCUCUCCCCCAUCUUCCUUGGCUGGUCCUUCUCCAUCAUGGCCCAACCUCUUCUCACUACCUCUUCCCCUCUCUCUCCUUAUUCCUCAUCAAUAUUUUACAUGUUGAACAACAAACCGAAAGUUGUAGAGUUAAAUUUUCAGGUAAUCUUGAAGAACACUCAAAUCCCCUCGAACAGAACAUUGGUGCUAAGCUUUGUUCCCAACAUGCUAGAAUUUAUUAGACAUUAUUUGACCAGAUGCUUAUGUUUUAUUGUAUCAAUAUUGCUAGUUUUGUUGGAGUUUCUUCCCCAGUUACUCGAUUAUCAUUAUGAUCAGUUUUUUUUUACAAUCUUUUUUUUCAGUUCUAAAAUUUCUUUCAUAUAUUUUUAUUCUCUUUAGAGAUUUUUUUUCUCACUGAAAAAGUUACAGAAGAACAGAAAGUAUAAUAGAAGAAAAAUAACAAAAAUUAUUUGUGAAUCCAUCAUCCUAAGAUUAUGACUUUUAAACAUUUGGGUAAACUUGCAUUUUUAAAAAAUGUUAAUUUGUAAUUCAAUGCACCAUAUAUAUAGCAGGGAUCACACAAUGUGUAGUCUUUACACUUUUAUCUACUCAACAUUAUGAUAAAAGCAUUUGACGUGUCAUUUAAAUUUUAACAUUUUGAAACACUCAUAGUGUUCCAUCUCAUGGUUGUGCUGCAGGUGAUGUGUCCAAUUUACAUGGUCAUCAUUAUAAAUGAUUCUGCCAUGGCCAUGCCAGUACAUAUCUCCCAAUUAAAGCAAUUUUUUAAAAAUUUGAUAAACUUCGCUUGUUGUAAUUUUUCUAUGAAAUGAGUAGCACAUUUUGGCAGAACCGUUUUGGUAAAACUGAAGUUAAUUUGCACAGCCAAGGCUACUCUCUUGAAUUCUUUACUGUUCACAUCCCUCUGGGGGCUCAGCCCAUCAAAGCUAGGGCUGAGGCACCUACAGGCUGCGAGUCCUAUCAGAACUCAGAUUUUGCACGUGGCUGGAGAUCCUACUCUCAACUGAGAUGCUGUGUAAAGUGUGUGAUUUCGUAUUUAACUGCAAAAGGAGGCUGCGCUCCAGACCCUUGAGUGUCGUCUUGAACUCACUGCCGUUCAAUUCCUUGUAGAA